AUGAGUACAUAUCCUUACAGGUCAACCCUGACCCCAAUCUCUCCCCAGCCACCACACAAAGUCGACGCUUCUCGAUUCUGGGCUGUCAUCAUCAGGAUUGAUGAAUAUAAAGAAAUCUCAAUACUGGAAUGUGGCGUGACAGACAUGCAAUCAUUUCAUCAGUACUUGAUUGCUGACCUAGGCAUACCAGAGGGACAUAUCCAACUUCUUCUCGGAUCCAAACAGCACAAUUCUCCCGCCAAUCCAAUGUAUCCUUCCCACACCCAUAUCAUCGAUGUGCUUCUCAGUCUCAUGAACAACAAAGAGAUCGAGAAAGGCGAUAACAUCAUCAUCUACUACGCCGGUCAUGGCUCCUCCUAUGAAUAUUCAGGUCACCUUAAUGCCAAGAAACCAGACGAUGGAGCAGAAAUCAGUUUUGGAAGUGUCGGAUGCAUUGAAGCACUUUGUCCUAUCAAUCGGGACACCUGUGAUGCGAACGGUAAUGCUGUUCCUGACAUUAGUGACAGGGAACUGAACACGAUCCUAACUUUAAUCUCCCGAUCGAAGGGUCACCACAUCACUGUCAUUCUCGACUGC